GGCUGGCACAGCGCACUUUCCAUCUUGUUUGUGCUUCCACACCAUUAUCGCACUGACACCGCGUACACACAAACCACGUCCUCAUCCGUCUGUGGCUUCAUCGAUCAGCACCAAAGCGCGAAGAACUGCAAUGGCAGACCGUGUCGCAGCCACCAUGGCUGCACCAUCGAAACCAGCCACCGCUGCAGCCGUGCCCAAUGGCAGCAGCGAAGGCGGGCGAAGACGUUCGCGUCGUGGUGGACAGAAGAAGAAAAAGCCGCAGCAGCACCAGCAACAGCAGCAAGCGGAUGAAGCGCCAGCCAGGCAAGACAAGCCGCAGCAGCAUGCGCGCAACCAAGGCAAGCAACAGCAGCAACAACAGCAGCAACAGCAGCAACAGCAACAGCAAAAGCCCGAGCAGCCAUCUGACGACCGCAAGAAGCCGCGUGGUCGAGGUCGUCGUGGUGGUCGCGGUUCCAAGCCUGCUUCGGCAUUGUCAACCGAGCCACCUGCCGCUGCAGUUGAUGGUGGUGCUGCGUCCAAGGCAAACCAUGCCAAUGGGGAUCAAGUGGCCAAGGCCGAUGAUCCCUCCAUCGAGCAGCGUGGGUCCUCUCGCCGCCGCCAGCGCCAACGCGGCAGCCGCGGCAAGAAUCAAGCGCAGCAAUCCAAGCGCGACAACCGGCAACCAGAGAACGGCACCAGCGGCAAGGCACCUCCCGUGGUCACUCCCCACGAAUCGGGCUCGCUUGAAGUCGGCAGCAGUGCCUCUGACAUCGUCAAGCAACAGCAGCAGCAACAGCAGCAGCAGCAGCAGCCGCGUGAGCGCCGUGCGCGCCGUCGCGGUGGUGCCCAUCGCCAGCGCAAGAACCAAAAAGGUGAAGCUGACCAGCAAGAGGGGGAGGUUGCCGCUGAGCACCAUCAAGUCACUGCUGACGAGAGUGCUGACAGCAAAGGCACCGGCACCGCAGAUGUGCAGACUGCAGUGGCUCCACCUGAACUCAAGGGAGAGAAUGAGCAAGCUGAAGAACAAGGACAAGAACAAGAGGAAGAACAAGAAGAUCAGCAGUUCCAAACGGAAACGGAAGCUGCCGCACUCAGGGAACAGAGAGACGACGACGGUGUUGCUGGCGAGGAGACGCCUGCAGUCACGGAGGAUGCCAGCAGCAGCAUUCUGGAUGCAUCCGUGCACGACCUUGUGCCGCCCAUCUCGCUCCGCGCGCUGUACACGUACUUCACUGCCCAGGUGGAGCGGGCAGCGGAGGCAGAGCAAGGGGAAGAGCAAGAGCAACACGAAGUUGAGAUGGCGGAGGACGAUGACGAUGAAGUUGUGGCGGAGGCAGCUUCUGCACCUCUCACUGAAGCCGGCGAUGGUGAUGCCGAUGGGGAUGAGGGGAAUGAAGAGGCACUGACGGCUGCCGUGCCCGAGGAAGCAGGUGAGCAGGACGACAAGCAAGCGGAACUGGAGCGCCAGCAGGCAGACGGAGUCGCCGUCACUUCACGUCGUGCCGUGCCUGUCGAUGCGUGCGACGCAGCAGCAGCAGCCACCACGCUUCCAUCGCCGCCAGAAAACCCGCUCCCACCGGUGCUGUUCAAGCGCAUGCGCACCGUCAACAAGCGCAAGGCGCGCAUCACGCGGCUUGAGGAGGCGUGCCGCACUCGGCCGGACAUGAAGUUGAGCCGGGAGGAAAAGGUCGCCAUUGCCCGCAAGCGGGAGGUGGAUGCACGCAUCACGCUGCUCGAAGAGAUCUCAGACAACGUCGACGCGCACAUCGCCCAGACAAAGGCCUUUGAGCAAGAGCUCCAGUCGCACGUGGAGAAGCUGGUCUCCAGCGCCAUCACGAAAUGCUGCGAUGAUUUUGCACUUGUGCUCCUAGGGGCGACGGCUUUGAACAACGACCGCCUGCCCGCAAUCUGCCACGAGCCCAUGCGCUCCUUUCUCGAUCGUUGCACGACUCGCGCCGCCGCUGCGGAGGCGCUGCGCUCGUACGUGUGCAUGGACGCUGCAGCGAAGAAGACACCAACAGCAGCAGGCGAGCCGCAGGAGGACAUCGAAAGCGACAACAACAACGAUGCUGCUGGGAAAGCAACAGCUGCCGUAGGUGCUGUCGACAACGAUAGCGACAACGACGCGUCCCUGCUGACGGGUGUUGUGAAGCAGAUGCUUCGCACACUCGACAUACAGGGGCAGCUCGCAACGUCUCUCAGCACGUCGUCACUUUCGUCUUCAGCGCCCUUGAGUGAUGCAGAGGACAGCGGCGAUGAAGAUGCAGCCGAAGAGGAGAAGCAAGAGAACGAAGAAGAACAAGAAGAACAAGAAGAACAAGAAGAAGAAGAAGAGAAAGUUUCAUCUGCCGUGAUCACUUCUCCUGCGGUGACGCUGCCGGGCGCCGCGUAUGUGUCUGCGCCAUUUGAUGUUGUCAUUGGCGGUGUGGACGAGCCUGAUUUGCCGAUGGGCGAUGAUGGGGAUGACGUGCAUGCGACGGCAGACAGCGAGCGUGGUCUUGGCGAAGCUGUUGGCGAAGGGGAUCAAGAGGUGGUCGAGGCGGAGGAGGAACAAGAGACCGUACAGGGAGAUGCAGAGGACGGGGAGGAGCUGGUUGACGAGAACACGGCCGUGGACAUGUCUCUGUUUGACGAUCCAGCCAUCAUGGGCGUGGGCGAGCACGAUGACAGCACGGACACCAACAAUGUCGAUGGUGGCGAGGCAGGUGUGCAGCAGGACGAGGCAGCGCUUGCACGCGCUGUGUCGUACGUUGAUGACGACGACGAAGGUGCAGUGGUGGUGAUGGUCAAGUCGCCAGCCACAACCGCCACGACAGGCACUGUUGUGGACGAGAGUGGCGAGCAGCAACCGGACCUCGUCGACACGGAUCGGUCUGCCACUGCCACUGGCGACAUCAAGCCUGCAGGCGACUACGACGGUGCUGGGGAAACGCAGGCCAGGGAUGAGGCAAGCACCACAUCCCCUCCACGCGUCCGCCAGCAACAGCAACAGCAACAGCAACAACAGCAACAACAGCAACAACAGCAGCAACAGCAGCAACAGCAGCCGUUUGCAAUGAUGGAUGAGCGCGGCGGGGCGCCCGGAAUGCCGGUCCCCUUUUUCGGCAGUGAGCAGAUGAUGGCAAUGCACCCGUCUGCGCAGAUGGCGUUUGCGCUCGCCCAGCAGCAGUAUGGCAUGUUUGGAAUCCCGCCCGCAAUGAUGGGCAACCCGUACGCAAUGCCCGCACCGUAUGGCCAGGCAGCAGCAGCCGCCAUGCACAUGCACAUGCACAUGGCUCAGCGCAUGCACUCGCACCACCAGCGGGGCCACCCACAGCAGCAGCAGCAGCAGCAGCAGCACCAACAACAACACCAACAACACCAACAACAAGAACAACAACAACAGCAGCAGCAGCAGCACCAACAACAACAACAACAAGAACAACAACAACAGCAGCAGCAGCAGCAGCAGCAACAACAAGAACAACAACAAGAUGGUGUGGAUGAUGGCUUUGAGCAGUCGAUUAAGGAGAGCGGUGCUGCUGACACCAUGACAGCGGUGGAGGACGUGCCAAUCUCCUCAUCACGCGAAGAAGCGUCUGCUGUGCAAAACGAGACACCCUUUGCCACUCAGCAGCAGGACGAUGCCAGCAGUGGCACAUAUGCGCCGACAACAACCACCAAUGCAGUUGCUGAUGGUGAUGACGAUGUUGAUGGCAGCAUCAGCGGGGGUGCACGUGGUGAUGUGAACCAGCAUCGCCACAACGCGCCAUUCCCAACCUCUGGCGGGGCCACCAACAUGCCACUUGGCGCACCGUUCCCGCCACUGCCGCUCCUGCCAAACAUGGGCGCCUUUCCACGCCACCCUCAUCCCCAUUCCCACCAACAGCACCGCCAUCAGCCACCUUUCCCCCAACAACAGCAGCAGCAGCAGCAGCAGCAGCAGCGUCAAGCACCCUUGCGUCUCUUCGCGCGCAGUGAGCACAGCAGUGAAGUGACAGGAGGAGAUGACACAGGCCCAUCCCAGUACACAGAUGCCUAUGCAUCCUCCAACCAGCAGCAGCGUUCGUCGCAGGACGCAGACCACGCCGGCUUUUCGCGCGAUUUCUCUCCCGCUGCACGCAACCAGCAGCAGGGGCAGGUUACACUGCUUCCCGCCAUCGCCAUCCUGGCCCUCAUAUCCGCUCCCCAUCGCUUCCUCACCGUCACUUCCUUCAAGACCAUCACCAUCACCGUGACCAUCAUCACUAUCACCAUUGAUAUCGACCCCAAAGCCGACAGCAUGAAAGACAUGCAGCAAAUGCCAUAG